AUGCUCAGGCAUGGUGCGGUUCGCCAUGGCCUACAGCGUUGCGCCCGACGACCUGCGCCCAAGACAAGAAUAUCUCGGAAUAGACCAGUUACCAGCAAAGGGUACGCUUCGAUAACGGACUUAUCGGCAUAUCCGAAACCGGGAGAAAGUAUAGAAGGAUUCACCUUGAAAGAGAUCAAGCACGUUCCCGAGUUACACUUGACGGCGCUGCGAUUAGAACAUGACAAAACAAAAGCAGAAUAUCUGCAUGUGGCUAGAGAUGACAAGAACAAUGUCUUUGCCAUCAAUUUCAAGACGAACCCUACAGAUAGAACAGGGUUGCCUCAUAUCCUGGAGCAUGUCACACUGUGUGGAAGUCAGAAAUACCCAGUUCGAGACCCGUUUUUCAAGAUGAUGCCCCGAUCUCUAGCCAAUUUCAUGAACGCUUUCACCUCCUCCGACUAUACAUCCUAUCCUUUCGCAACUACAAAUACGAAAGACUACCAGAAUCUGUCUUCAGUCUACCUCGAUGCAACAUUACAUCCACUUCUCAAGCGGACAGAUUUUCUCCAAGAAGGAUGGAGACUCGGGCCAGAAGAUCCUCGAGCACCGGCCACAGAGGAGAACGUGGUCUUCAAAGGUGUCGUCUAUAAUGAGAUGAAGGGUCAGAUGUCGGAUGCGAGCUAUCUGUUCUACAUCAGAUUCAGAGAACACCUUUUCCCGUCUUUGUACAACUCUGGUGGCGAUCCGGAGGUAAUGACUAAUCUCACCUACGAACAGCUUGUUGACUUCUCCCGACAACAUUACCAUCCAAGCAAUGCGAAGAUUUUUUCCUAUGGCAGCCUUAGCCUUGCUGAGCAUCUUCAGCAAGUUAACGAAACGAUAUCUAAAUUCGACCAGUCGUCCCCGGACUCUGACAUCAAGUUACCGAUUGAUCUUUCUAAUGGUCCUCUUGCCUUCGAAGUGCCUGGACCCCUUGAUACAAUGCAACCAACAGACCGACAGUACAAGUCUUCAAUGACCUGGCUUGGUUGUGAAGCCUCAGAUAUUGUGGAAACUUUCUCUCUCAGCAUCAUGAUGUCGCUUCUGAUGAAUGGAUACGGUUCGCCGCUCUACCAGGGGUUGAUCGAGUCGGGUCUCGGUACUAACUUCAGCCCCAACUCCGGGUACGAUAGUUCGACCAAAAUCGGCACGUUCUCUAUCGGUCUCGAUGGGAUGAAGGCAGAGGACACUGCUGGCUUGAAGGACACAAUUCAGAGUGUCCUCAAAGACAAAGCGCAUGAAGCAUUCCUGCCUCAUAAAAUCGAAGGCUAUAUGCACCAGCUAGAGCUCAGUCUCAAACAUAAAACAGCUAACUUUGGAAUGGGCCUUUUAGAGAAGACUCUGGCUGGUUGGUUUAAUGGUGUCAAUCCGAUGGACGGCCUCGCUUGGAAUGAAAUCAUUGACGCCUUCAAGAUACGAUUGCGGGACGAAAAGUACCUCGAAAACCUUGUACAGAAGUAUUUAUUGAAUGACGAGUGCUUGCAAUUCACAAUGGUACCAUCCGAGAGCUAUGGGGAGACUCUGGAGAUUCAGGAGGAGGGACGGAGAAAAUCUGUCCUGGAAGAAGUCAAAAAGAAUGCGAUUUCAUCAGAGGCAGCCAUUGCCGAACUGGGCAAACAGGAGUUACAGCUGCUCGAGGAGCAAGAGUCUGCUCAAUCCGAGAAUCUAGAGUCGUUGCCAACGCUCCGUGUGAAUGACAUUGCACGAGAGAAGGAGAAGAAGCCACGCUACCAAUCAACGAUUGGUGAUGUCAAAUGUCUUUGGCGUGAAACAUCUACAAACGGUAUUACCUAUUUCCAGGCAAAACAUGUUUUGAAGGAUCUUCCCGAAGAUCUGAGAUUGCUGAUGCCGUUGUUCACCGAGUCCUUGAUGCGAUUGGGCACCAAGAACAAGUCUGUUGGGGAUCUUGAAGCUGAGAUCCUGCUGAAGACCGGCGGUAUCUCCAUUUCUCCUUUCACGGCUCCGGAGCCGUGGAGCUUGGACAAAUACAACGAAGGGUUACUCUUGAGUGGUCAUGCGCUUGACAGAAAUGUCCCAGCUAUGUUCGAGCUGAUUCGCACAUUGCUAUUGGAGAUCGAUUUCACGAACCCUAAAUCCUCUGCUGCUAUACAGGAACUUCUAGAAUCAAAGACAUCCGGCGCCUUGGACGCCGUUGCAGAGAGUGGUCACCACUUUGCUAUAACCAGUGCAGCUGCCGCUCUGACCAGUCGAGGCACUGUUCAAGAUCAAUUGUCGGGGUUGGCCCAAAUAGAAGCCACAGCUCGAACGUUGAAUGCGGCACGGAAGGACCCCGGAAGUCUUCAGGAGGUCAUUGAGAAACUGCAAAGGAUCCAGUUAUUCGCCAUUCGUAACUCUCCAGAUCUAUCAAUGCGUCUGGUAUGCGAACCUGAGUCGGUUUCGGCCAAUCGCUCCGUGACUGAAGCCUUCCUUACGCAACUCCCAGCGGGUCCAGCAAGUAUUGCAAGUUCUAGCUCGCGCUCUGUUGUGCCAGGAUCUUCACUGUCAAGAAGAGCAUUUUUCAACCUCCCUUUCCAGGUAUCAUAUACUGGCACCUGCCUGCAAACAGCGCCAUAUUCCUCCCCCGACAAAGCUCCUCUAACCAUUCUCGGCCAGCUUCUAGUUCAUAAUUUCUUGCAUCCUGAAGUGAGAGAGAAAGGCGGUGCUUAUGGUGCUUGGGCAAGCGCAAGUCCGGUCAGCGGUCUUUUCACCAUGUCUUCAUACCGGGAUCCAAAUCCCCGGAAUUCUCUCCAGGUCUUCAGUCGUGCUGGAGAGUAUGCUCGAGACAAGGAGUGGAGUAGUCGGGAAUUGGAAGAGAGCAAACUCAGCAUUUUUCAGGGCAUUGAUGCUCCCAGCAGUGUCAGCAGCGAGGCGAGUAAAGAAUUCAUGUACGGCAUAACAGAAGACAUGGACCAAAAAUCACGGGAGAACUUGCUUGAUGUUACCAAAGAAGAUGUUCAGCGAGUCGCACAGAAGUACCUUGUUGAGCCAUCUCCUGAGCUAAGAUCUACCUGUAUUCUCGGGGAAAAGAAGGACUGGAUCGGACAAGACCCGGAACAAUGGCAGGAGAAGAGCCUGCAGAUGACUGCUUAG